AUCUACAAAAUGUACACAAAAUAUCCCUGAAGUCAAGCCACAUCAACGUUUAUGUGGCUGAAGCUGAGGCUUGACCGUGAUUCUUCUUUCUUCUCCAACCUGCAUUUAAUCAUUAUCUGAGAUUACCCAGUUUACCAGCAUCCAUCACCAUGGUAUUCAUGACCCCUAACCUAAAUCAGUAGAAGAAUUACAUAUAUAUACAUGUAGAUCAUUUCAGUAACCUAGUUAUAUUUAUUGUGGAGAAGGAAGAGAAGGGUCCUACAAAAAUUAGGCAACAAGGACAGAGAGGGCAGAAAAUUUCAGAGAAGAAGGGAUAAUAGGGAAGAAAGGAGAGAGUAGGUGGAGGGCCACUUUUCAUCUCCUUCGCAGGUGUCAUUCAUCUCUCAUAUUAUACAAAAGGGUCCCUCUCCCACCCCAACCCACACACUUGGAAGCCAAAAUAUAUAUGUUCGUUUAGAAGGUGCCCCUUUCUUCGAUCACCAGUUAUCUGAUAAAAAAACCCAAAGAAUUUGAGGGGUUUUCAUGGCGGAAAUUAGCAAUUUUGAAUCCUACCCACCUCUGAUUCUUCACCAUUUAAAGAGCAUGAGCAAUGGUGAAAGCAGCCAAACGGGGAAUAAGACUGACCCAGAUGAUGAUAUCCACGAGUGCUGCUACAUGGAUGAUCCUAUUCCGGUUAUUGAUUUUCUGUGUUUGGAUCCGGACAAGCUUGGCGAGACUUGUAAAGAAUGGGGUGUUUUUCGUUUGGUCAAUCAUGGGGUUCCCGUUUGCCUGUUGACCCAGAUUCAGGAGCAUGCUAAAAUGCUGUUUUCUCUCUCUUUUGAAUCCAAACAGGAGCUUUUCAACUCCCCCCUGUCCUACUUCUGGGGUACCCCUGCACUUACCCCAUCUGGGACAGCCUUGUUUGGAGGUCGCCCAAGUAUUAGUUUGGUUGAAGGAAUUAGCUUUCAGCUCAAUGAAAUCUCAAGCUCUCAAGCAGAAAACCCAAUGCUGGAAACUUUCAGAAUGUUGAUGGAAGAAUAUGGAAGACACCUUGCAAGACUUGCUACCAAUAUUUUCCAAGCUAUGGUGAAGAACCUAAAUCUUGAUCCAGAAAAUUCAAGCUCCAACUUGUCAGAAUCCGCAGGGACCAUGCGUGUUUAUAGAUAUCCUCCUUGCCCUAAUGGGGCUACAGGCCUGCAUGUGCACACAGAUAGUUCUGUGCUCUCCAUAUUGAGCCAAGAUCAAGUUGGUGGACUAGAAGUUUUUAAAGAUGAUGAGUGUUUUCAAGUAAAACCAGUCCCGGACACGCUUAUUGUCAACAUUGGAGACAUGAUGCAGGCAAUAAGCAACGACGAAUUUAAGAGCGUGAAACACAGAGUGAAGUCGAGCAGAGAGAAGGAAAGAUUCUCAGUCUGCUACUUUAUAUUUCCAGGUGAAGGCAGGUUGAUUCGAAGUUCCAAGUAUAAGCCUUUUACUUAUACUGAUUAUCAAACCCAGGUGCAGCUGGAUAUAAAAACUACAGGAUCUAAAGUUGGACUUGAAAGGUUUAGGCUACUUGCUGAUCAGCCUUGUUAAUUAACCAGAAAUGCUUUAUACACAUAUCUCUAUAUAUAUGCACAGGAGACUUGUAUAUUAAUGUCUAUAUUUUAUAGACAUGCAUGGAUCUAUUUAUGCUGGUUGGUCUAAUGUAAAUAAUUGUUUCUCAGUCAAU